CUUACUCAACUAGUGCGAGCUCCAUGUGCAUGUGAGAAGAUAUCGAGAGAAAUGGAUUCGACAACUCCAAGUAAGGACGUUGUUUCUACAGAAGUGAUUGAUUUUAUCAAGAUUUUCCCGUCUCUUCAAAUAGUUGACGAUGAUUACAGCAAAAUUAGAAAGGUGAAAUGCUGCUUGACUGGCCAUGAGUUGCCUUGCAGACUUACUGAACUUGAGACGUACACCAAGGGUAGGAGGUUCAAGGUCGCACAGGAUAGGGACAACGACAAGUUUGAGAAGUACAAGCCACAUAUCGUUCCUAGUACCAAGAGAGGAAGAGAGAAUCAAAUCUUCUGCACCCUUACUGUACGUCACAUCAACCGUGUACCAGCUCAUGUAGAACGACAUGUCAAUGGGAGGAGAUACAAGAAAGCUUUGGCAAAAUAUGAAGAAUGCCAGAGACUAGGGACCAAAUUCAAGCCUCUGGCAAGAAGCAAGAAGAGAGCGGAAGACUCUGAUUCUCAAGAAGUGAAGAAAUACAGCCAUCAUGCUAACAGUGAUACGAGUGAGUCGGAGGCCGAGUCGGACGACAGCAUGAGCGAUCUCUACCCACGAGAAGAUUUUGAGAGAUUACAAGAAGGAGGAGGAGAAGGAGCAACAGCAGCAGCAGCAGCAGAGAGUGAAGAAGACGAUGAUGACUCUGAUUUUGAAAUUGAGAACAUGGACUGUGGAUCUCAUGCCCCGAAUGAAUCCAACCCUACACCCGGUAGUCCAUCAAAACGAAAGAAAAAGUCAAAGAAAGGAGGAAGAAGAAAGAUUGCUAAAACUCAAGCCACACAGGAAUCCCAGAAUGGAGUAACUGGAAAGAAGACGAAAAAGAGACAAAGGACUGAAAAAACAUGAUUUUAUUCCAUCCGAUGUCUUUUUGUGAUGGGCUGCAAGUACAGAUUCCUGUGCCAAAGCAUAUAUAUCUACAGGCAGAUGCAGUAUUGUGAGAAAUUUGGAUAAAAACAUUUCCAACAUUCGAACUCGCUGGCAAUGCUGCCCGUUAAACAAGAAAUGAAGUAGG